GCCUGCCGUGCUUUCGGCCGCUACCUGGCCGUAGCGGGAUCCCCGCCGCCGGCACUGGGUCACCGUGUGGCUCUCUGGCUGCCGCCCUGCCGAUCCAGGCUGCCUCCAAGUAGCAUUUGCUACGCCAAGGAAACUUUCGUGAGGAAGAGGAAGACCUUCUGAGCGCUGAUUGCCAAGUCACGCAUUUUGAUGCGUUUUGCGUUUUGCUGGGGCACGCUGAGCUGGAAGCGACCGCAGAUCCAUCGGUUUGGCCGUUCACAGCUUCGUUAUGAACGUGCUGCCUCAGCGUCCGCGCUGCAGACACCAACCGGCCUUGCAGAAAUAGGAGGAGGGGAAUGGAGGACAAGAAAUUGAUUUCUGCAACAGAUACACAAUAUUCUAGUGUGCUCCUUCAGUCUUUGAAUGAACAACGUGGCCAUGGACUUUUUUGUGAUGUUACUGUCAUUGUAGAGGACCGGAAAUUUCGAGCUCACAGAAACAUCCUUUCUGCCUCAAGCACAUAUUUUCACCAGCUUUUCUCAGUGGCUGGGCAAGUAGUAGAAUUGAGCUUUGUAAGAGCAGAGAUUUUUGCAGAAAUACUUAACUAUAUUUAUAGCUCCAAAAUAAUCCGUGUUCGAUCAGAUUUGCUUGAUGAACUGAUUAAAUCAGGGCAACUCUUGGGAGUUAAAUUCAUAGCUGAUCUGGGUGUACUGCCAUCAGAAGGAAAAAGCAUGCCAAGUGAGGCCAAAGAUAGUGCUUCAGAAACUGUAACUUCUAGCCCAGGUCAAAAGGAUGCUCAAACACAAGUACCUGCAACACGGCAAGAGAGUCGAGAGGUAACAGGUGGGAUGCCGGUUAUAACAGAAUCAUUCUCCUUGCAUGGCAUACAGUAUGAGACUACAAAAAUUACAGUAAGUGAUUCAGAUGAUGAUGAUGAUGUCAUCUUUUGCUCCGAGAUUGUUCCCCCAAAAGAAUGUAUUAAAGAUACCAAUGCUGCAACCCAGAACCAGCUUUGCCCAAGCGCUCCUGGAGUUUCUGACCAAAAAUCGGGUGGCAGUGGUGGCUCUCCUCUUCUGACCAACACCACAGCAACGCAAAAACUCACUUCAUCCGCCAAUCAACCAAGUCCAAACCAAACACAAUCAAGUGCCGAAUCACCUGUCGCUUCGACACCACAGCAUUUGACUCCCGAUAUCAUUUUGCUAAACCAGGCUCCACUCAAUUCAUCACCCAGUGUCAGUUCCUCACAUCAAACAAAUGUGCCCCCUACAAUUAAUUUGCUUGAGGAGAAUCAGCAGCCAUCUAAGAAAGAUUCUGUAACUGAAGUGGACACAACUGCAGUUGAUGAUGAUGAGGAAGAUGUUGAAGAUGAUGAUGAAAUCAUUAGCUCUUCUAGUCCUGGUUCAGUCAGCAGUAACUCUUUGGUUCAGCAACCUUCUACACCCAAAGUAGCACCCUCUGAAGGUUCAGGUGUACAGAAAAAACAAGUUGUUACAUUUUCACAAGAGCCAUCUUCUAAACCUGGAGAAUUCAAAAUAAAAAUCUCAGAUGUUCUUACUGGAAACAACAAGGAAUUUAAUGCAGGUAUAGCAUCAAAACAUGUGGCGGAAGGGCAGAAAAUCAUAACCUUAGAUACAGCAACUGAAAUAGAAGGCUUAUCCACAGGUUGUAAAGUUUAUGCAAAUAUUGGUGAGGAUACAUAUGACAUAGUCAUUCCUGUGAAGGAUGAUCCUGAGGAAGGAGAGGCCAAACUCGAUGAAACGCCCAGAACAUCUGGCGAUGAUUCUCCAAGCAGGAAACGCAUGAAAGUAAAGCACGAUGACCACUACGAGCUUAUAGUGGAUGGAAGGGUCUACUACAUUUGUAUUGUAUGUAAAAGAUCAUACGUAUGUCUGACAAGUUUACGGAGACAUUUUAAUGUUCAUUCCUGGGAGAAGAAGUAUCCGUGUCGAUACUGUGACAAAGUUUUCCCUCUGGCAGAAUACCGUACAAAGCAUGAAAUUCACCACACUGGGGAGCGAAGGUACCAGUGCUUGACAUGUGGCAAGUCGUUCAUCAACUAUCAAGUUAUGGCCUCGCACAUAAGAUCAGUUCACAGUCAAGACCCUUCUGGAGAUGCCAAGCUUUAUCGUUUACAUCCUUGCAGGUCUCUGCAGAUCAGACAAUAUGCAUACAUUACUGAUCGCUCCAGCAGUAUACCUGUAAUAAACGAGGAUGGAAUUGUUUAUCAUGUUGACGCAGGAAAGGAUGGUGCUGAAGGAACAACGUCUAAUCCUCCAGCGAAACAAAUGACCUGGGAUGAUAUUUUCAUUCCGCAAGGAAAUGAAGCAAUUUUUAAACAAAAUCCAUCAGAGGGAAGUACUGAAUUUGAGUUUGUAAUACCAGAGUCUUACUGAGAUGCAUUAAAUGCUGGGGGACAAAAGCUUCAGUAGAGAAAAACUGCAGCUGUUUUCAAUGAACUGUUAAAAUCAUUGUAAAACAAAUUGUUAAAGUGAAAAUAAGUUAACUUGUUCUGCCAAGCCAUCAAAUGGUAAUACUCAGAUGGAUUAGCUGCAAGUAAUUUGUAGGAGAAAUUCAUCUGAAAGUUUACUUGAAUACAGAGUAAGACAUUUCCAAGGAGCUGGCAGUGUUUUCUAGUACAUUAAUUUUGAUCAAAACAUAGGGCUUUGUAGCUUGGAAAGGUACAGUUUCUUCUAAAGAACUAGAAAAAAAAGGCUUCUAAAGUAAUUGAGGUAUUUCCUGUACCCACAUUUAUUAUGUAAACCCUUUCUUUCAUGUUAGCACUUUAAUGUUUAAUUGUGUUUAGACAUUAACCAUGACAACAAUAAGACAAUAAGAUUUUUCACUGUAGUCUAUUGAAUAUGGAAAUCCCACAGCUCGUGGUCUUUCUGUGAACAAUGCUUUACUGCAAGGGUCCAAAAUAACUGAUCCAAUAGUUUGGAGUAGUAUAUUUUUUGAACUAGCAUCUUAGUUCUGCUUUUAUAAUCAAUAUGAAUGAAUCAGUUAUCUUCAUACAAAUAUUCUUGCCAACAAGAAACAUUCAGUUUGGGCUAACUUGAACAAACUUUAUUUAUACUUGGCAAUAUGGUGAGCAGAGAGUAUUCAGUGGCUGGGCCAUUAUAUUUUAUUCUUUUUGCAGAGGGGAAAAAAAACUAAGCUUAAUAGUGAAGAAGUUUAGAACAUUUAGGAAGGAGAUAAUUUUGCAUGUUAAAAUCUUGGAGAAUAAUGUUAAGUUUUUUUUACUGCUGGAAAAUAUGCCUGUAAUUUGGAAUAAAUUGCUAUUCCUUUUUUUGCUCUUUAUGAGCAAAAUGCUCAGCCUGGUGAAUCUGGAGAAAUGCUUCAAUUUGAUAUUUAAAAAAGAAUCCUUAUGAUACAUUUUCUAGCGGAAGGCUUUGAAAUUUACUUCCUAAAACUGAGACGUAAUGGAAGUGCUGUAUCAGCUCAGCAGUGAGACUACUCUGGAUCUUUUAUGACUAUUUAGCUUGAUCUUUAAGUGAAACAGGAAUUUGGAUAUUUCUCCUCCCAUUUAAAGGGGGUGCAAUCAUGAAGAGUAAACCAACAAUCAAAAAAAUAACCCCCCCCAUUUCCCAUAAUAUAUGGUAUAAUUUCUGUACAUUUCCCAUAGCAGAGACAUCUAUUUUCAGUUUAUUAUAUGGCCCCUUUUUUCUUCUUGCAACUGGUACAUGUUUAGACACUUAGAAAAUAGUUAGUAAAAGUCCAACUUGAACAAGGUAUAGUAAAUACGAAGAAAAAAAACACAACAACUGUUCACUGGAGUCAUAGUUUAGCAUUUCAGAUUUAGUGACUUACUUAAUUUUUGUAAAUGGUAAUAUGAAAAUUGCACAGACGUUUUAGAAAUGACUGAGAAAGAUUGUUGUGCAUAGAACUAGUUAGUUAUUGGUAACCUUUCAUUACUUAAAUUGCAGUUAAAAGGUUUUUCUCCUCUUCUCAUGUUUUAAGUAAACAUCUUAAUCCUAUGACCUUCAAUCUUAAGGUUUUAGACAUCCAGUAUUCUUGACAGAAGGCUAUUUAAAUGGUAAAUGAUUCAAAUGUAGCUUGAGCUAUAAAAAAGGGUACCAGAGAUCAGUAUUUGUAAUGAUGGGAGAAAAAAAGGAGAAUUUGUUUACCUUCUGUAUGUAGUACUCAGCACUUAUUUUUUUUAGGCAAAGAAUGUGAUAGACAUGGUUAUUUUCAGAUCAUGUUGCAAACUGCUUUGAAUAUAAAGGGGUAUGCUUUCAAAUGUUACAGGUUGGCUGUUGUCUGAGAUGGCGUUUUGGCACUUAACAUAAUCCUCACAAGGAAUGAAUAUUCAUUGCCUGUAUUAGCACAGGUUGCUCUGACUUAACUAGCUGUGUGCUACGUAGAAACUUCUUAGACUUUUUGUCAUGAAAAACACAAGGUUUUUUGUUACUGACAUUGUGACAUAUCUGGAAUUAAGCGUACAUUGCAAAAUAUACAUUCAUUAAUAAUGAAAAAUAACAGCUAUCGUAUUUGCUGCUGAUAUAUUUAAAACUUUAAAUUAAACUGUGCCUACUAAAGGUCUCUUUUUGCAGGAAAACUGGAAAAUUAGGGCUUUGUAACUGUAAUUGUAUCUUUGCUAGAAGACUCGUGCUUGCAUGUGUCUCAGGGUCUUCAAUUUUCCUUGGAAGUGAUUUUUGAUAUCCAAAGUCCAGAGAUCAUGUAAAGCAUUUUUUAAUGUCACUUCCAAUAUUUAUUGAGUUGGAACAUGUUAUAUCCCUUCUUUUUAAACUUUUUAUGGGGCCAUGAGCUUUUGUAUUUAGAUUUCUGGCUAUUGCACUUAUAGUUGUUUUUUGUUUUUUUUGUAAACAUUUUAUUUCCAUUUUAAUGAUAAUUGUUAUGUAAAUAUUAAGAAAUUGGCUUUGAGAUAAUGAAAAUAAAAAGACUGAAUCCAAAAAAGCAAUUAGCUAAAAAUUAAAAACGUCAACAGAGAUUGGUAGCAAAGCUAACAAUCAUUUAUAUACAUAUGAAAACAUUACCUGAUCUGCUACAAAACAUAUUAAUGAUGACUGCAUCCUCACUGUAUGGUUUCUUUUGGGAUUCAUACCACAGCAUUCCAGUAUAUGAAUGAAACAAAUAUUGCGAUAACAAAAUUGAUAGAUUACUUAUUUAUUUUGUACUGUUAAGGCAUGCAGUGUAUAAAAUGAUGCAAAAGCUGACAACUGUAUGCAUUGAACAUUGGGUCUACAACUGUUACCUAUGAAUGGUUCUGUGUGAAACACUGAUCAUUUUUACCAGGUCUCUAAUGUAUAUAAUUGUACAGUCUUUCCUUAACACACUUUUUAAAAUUGUGUUCUACUUUUCAUUAAUAAAUACUUGAUAUUAGUUCUUAGAGCUUUCUAUGGCAAAAAUAAAAGGUUUAAUUCUAAA